UACUCUCUAGUUGGGGUGUGUGAGUUUCUCACUGAGGGGGCUUCUCUCGUUGUGGCUUGAAGGCUCUAGGGCUCAGGUUCAGGAAUUGUGGCACACGGGCUUAGUUGCCCCUUGGCAUGUGGAAUCUUCCCGGAGCAGGGAUUGAACCCCUAUCCCCUGUAUUGGCAGGCAGAUUCUUAACCACAGGGAAGUCCUGCUCUGGCUUUUCUCAAAGCAGGAAAGCUGGGGCCACUACAAAGGUUAAGGGACCUCAAUGACCACCAUUACACUCUUACCCAUUACCACCAUUACGCAUAUUUCCCAAGAAGUGGUGGAGUUGGAAGGGAAGCAGGAAGGCUCAUGAUUGGAUUGAAGAUUAGACUUCUUGGUUCUUGGCUUCUGCAGGAGAGUCAAGAAGAGGAGACUGCCCUCCUUCCAGGGAGGGGGAAGAGUGAUCCUUUUGGGGGCUGCUUCGCUUUCCACAUUCCUGGUUCCCCCCUCUCUCACGUCUGCUUCUUGUGCUCAUCUCUGCUUUCCCUCUGUGUCUAAGGUGGGACAGAAGUCAGCUGUGGGAAGGUAGGAAAGAGGUAGUGCUGACUUACUUGCCCAGCCCCACAUCUUAAGUCCAAAUUCAUGUGGCAGCGUAGCCACAUUGGCAGCGCAAGGCAAGUGCUUCAGGAAGGGGAAGAAAUUGUCAUUCUGUGUGAUACUAGAGAGACCAUUUGGCUUCUACGAAAGAAAAGGGAGAUGGACCUAGAAUGGAACUAGUCCUUUUAAAUGAGGGGAGGGAUGGAGGGUGCUGGAAGGGGGUCCUCUCCACCAAAUCCCAGUCAUGGCUUGAAACCAAGCCAAAGACAGAGUGCUGUCCUCUUUAAGUCAUGACAUCACCUGACCCAAACCCAGAACCGAGCCCCAGCCCACAUUUCCUAUUAAUCUGAAAAUCUACAUCGUUCACAGAAGAUAUAAAGAUAUUCAACAUUCUGACCUCUUAGUCUGAGUCCAUUUCCCCUCUCUGGCUUCCUUCUCUCCUUCUCUUGCAUGACACAAUUCAUUAUUCUGUUCGAUUCUUCAGUCUAGACCUUCAUCUGAGGCCACAUUUCAGCCUACCCACCCGCUCACUCCUCUUUCCUCUCUCAUUGCCCCUUCCGGGGCUCUUCUCUUCUGGCCCCACCCCUGAGGAGUCCUCCUUCCCACUGGGCUCUCCUGGAACACAAAGACUAUUCCACCCCACCUAGUGAAGGGAGCGGGUCGGAGUUUCCGCCCCACCCUCAGGAAGGUGCAUCUCCCCUCCCCUGCUCUUUGGUACUUCCUCUCUAGCUGACUUAACUGACAGCACCCAGACUCCAGGCCAGGCCCCUGGCACCGGCACAGAUCUGGGGAUAGGCUACGCCAUUCUGCCCUCACCCUGGGAUUGGCACCAGCUUCCAACCAGUGCCCGGCAAAGCCUUAAGUCCUUGCUAUAGCCAUGAACACUACAUCUCCUGCGGCACCCUCCUCACCAAGUGUCAGUUUCAUCUCUCUGCUGGUCAUCAUCGUACUGUCAGUGGCGCUGGCUGUAGGGCUUCCUGGCAACAGCUUUGUGGUGUGGAGCAUCCUGGCAAAGCUGCCGAAGCGCUCUGUCACUGCCCUGAUGGUGCUGCACUUGGCCCUGGCCGACCUGGCCGUCUUGCUCACUGCCCCCUUUUUCCUCCACUCUGUGGCCCGAGGCACCUGGACUUUCGGAACAUCCGGCUGCCGCCUGUUCCACUAUGUCUGUGGAGUCAGCAUGUAUGCCAGCGUCCUGCUUAUCACGGCCAUGAGUCUGGACCGCUCGCUGGCGGUGGCCCUGCCCUUUGUGUCCCAGAAGCUGCGCACCAAGGCAGUCGCCUGGCGGGUGCUGGCCGGCAUCUGGGUAGUGUCUGUUCUGCUGGCCACUCCCGUCCUCUUGUACCGCACGGUGUACUUGCGACCGGACAAUAGGAGCCUGAUCUGCUUCCCGACGUACCCCAGCGAAAGACAUCGGGCCUUCCAUCUGUUCUUCGAGGUGAUCACCGGCUUCCUGCUGCCCUUCCUGGUCGUGGUGGCCAGCUACUGCGACAUCGGGCGCAGGUUGCGGGCCCGGCGCUUCCGCCGCAGCCGCCGCACCGGCCGCCUGGUGGCGCUCAUCAUCCUGGCCUUCGCCGCCUUCUGGCUGCCCUACCACGUGGUGAACCUGGCCGAGGGGUUCCGCGCCGCAGCGGGCAAGGCCGUGGGUUCCGGACCGGUGGGUAAGCGGCUGCUCCUGGCCCGCCACGUGCUCAUCACGGUGGCCUUCCUGAGCAGCAGCGUGAACCCCGUGCUGUACGCGUGCGCCGGGGGCGGCCUGUUGCGCUCGGCCGGCAUGGGCUUCGUCGCCAAGCUGUUAGAGGGCACCGGCUCCGAGGCGUCCAGCAGCCGUCGCGGGGGCACCCUGGCCCAGACGGUGAGGGGCACCCCCGCCUCUCCCGAGCCUGACCCCGCCGAGAGCCUCACUGCCUCCACCAACCCUCUCGAGUGAAGCGAACUCAACUAGGCCUGCUGGCUGGCCGCAGUGCAAAGACCCUAGCUUGGGGGAAUGCCCUCCCCGCUGGCCUGACCCAAUUUUUGACCAUCCCCCUCCUUCCCCCAGGAAGAGAACGCUGGUGGGAGAGUGGGGCGGAAGCGGGGGAGGGGCACAAGUCAGGGCUGAAUGGGAACCGGGUCCCCACAGGCAGCCUUACAAUUAAAACUGAAGUCUGAAA